AUGGACGGAAAAACGUUUGAAGAUUUCACUUUUGAAGUGAUAAGUCGAAUAAGUCCGAAACGUGUUCAACGAGAUUCAAUACCUUUUGAUUCUGUUCGUGAAAUUAUAUUAAGUGAAUUGAAGUUUGGAACAUUUAAGCAACAAUUAACAGGAACUGAAAAUGGAAGUUCGAAGAAAAGAGGUUAGUUUUAACUAAAAAUCUUAGACAUAUAUUUAUUUGUUAUAUAUCUCCCUAAAUAUUUGUCUCUUUCUUGAAAUCUAAUAUAUUUUGAGUAAAUAUAACUAGAGUGCCAACUGUAUUAUUUGUUAUGUAAAAAGACAGUGAAAACAUAAUAUAUAGAUAGAAUAUAUAAUUUUCAAUAAAACCUUUUUCACUCGCUCUCUCACUCAGUUACUUACACACUCACAAAAAAUAAUCAAUCUCUCUCAUUUCCCCUUUCGUCGUUUUUUUUCAAAAAAAACAGCAUAACCUUUUUUAUCGAUUGAUUUGUUCGAUCAAGUACAAAAGUAAAUAUGACUUUUUUAUUUCAAAAAAUUAUUUUUUUGUUUCAGUUUCGGAAGAUAUGGAUGAUAUAACUUCAACGAGUUCGUCCUCACAUUUAGCAUAUACAGACACAGAAGAAUCGACAAGUCGAGAAUCUUCUUCGAGAUUUGUUUCAACAAUGUCGAAUACUGAUUUUGAUUGUGAUUCUGGACUGGGGUCAAAACGAACAUUUUCAACAAAGGUUUUAGGUGAGUUUUCGUCCCAUUUUCUGCAAACACCGCGACGCGCAAGAUCAAGUUGUAAAGUUUAUACUCACUUGACUGCUAUAAAAUUUUUGAUAAAAAUUUAUAGAAAUAUUUUUAUGAAAAAAGAAAACAAUUUCUCGUCAAAAAAUCAAUAAAAACGUGAACUAUUUUUUCUUUCCUUAUUAUUAUUUAAAAAUUUCAUUUCCUGUUAAUUUCUCUCUAAAAGUGACGUGUUCGAAAUGUGAUUUUAUUUUUCCAUGUUUUCUGAAACUGAUAUUUUCAAAAUUUAUCAGGCGGUUCAACUUCAUCUAUAAUUCAUCACGCACUAUCAGCCCCCUCUUUAUCAUCACUCGAAAAUAAUUUCGAGCGCAAAAAACCGCAAAAUUAUCGAGAAAGACGGUUGGCGGAAAUGCGAGCGGCUAGAAUAAAAAACUAUCGAGGAGAAUCAGACAUUUUUGAGUUUGGUGAGUAUUUAAGAAAAUUCAGGCCAAAAAAAAUUAAUGAACAUUUUUUUGUAGAAUGUGAUGAAACACAAUUGGAAGAACAAUUUGGAGAAAUUUAUUGGAAAUUGAUAAAUGAUGUAAAUGUUAGUAUUUCUGGAGCAUAUUUUCGAAUGUUGGAAUCAUUGGAUAAUUAUUUUCGAUCAAGAACUUGGGAUAGUCAUUGUGUUGUGAGUUUUAUCAAAAUUUGAAUUUUUUACAAUGAGCUAUGACGUGGCCAGUUAUAUAAUUUCAACAUAUUUCAACAGCCUAUCAAGUCAGUUAAAAAUUACAAAUCGGUUUUUUUUUCAAAAUUGUACUCUGGCAAGAUGUGAUUGAAAAGCUUCAAAAUAUUUUCUUGAUAAAAUUUCCAAUUUUUUCAGAAAUCUUGCUGUGAAUUUCUAUCAGCUUCAAUCGUCAAACCAUGUCAAAAUUUGAACGAAGCACACGAUGAAAAAGAUGUCAGCGAUGAAAUGCGAGUUCGAGAACUUAUGCUACAGGUAUGCCUUUUUUGGCAACGUGCCAUUUCUCUUUUUCCUUUCUCUUUCUUCAUCUUUUAUUAUUACUGAUAAGAAUUCGAACACAUUCUCAUUUUCCCAUCCAAUUUUCUUUUUAUUUAUUUUCUUUUCAGGUUCUUCUUGGUCUUCAUAUUUUUACUUUUGAAAAUGACAAAAAAGAUUUAUUGGAUGAUGUGAGUUUUUUUCUAAAUUAUGCGUAUAAAAAUUCAAAUUUAAAUUUUUCAGACAAUAAAUAAACUUCGGAUGAUUUAUAUUGCUGCGGAUCCUCAGAAAAUGCGCACUUUUUUAGAAGAACCGAUUACGGAUAUGUGAGUUUUAAAUUUAAUUUUAAAUAUAACAUUUUUUAAAGAUUUGUUGCUCAAAUUCCUGAAUCAAUAGCUGUUAUCUAUGAAGAAUUAUGUAUUGCAUUACCCGCUGAUUUGUCACAUUUUGAGACGAGAUUUCGAGCGGAAAUUGAGGAAAUUGUACCAACAACAAAUAAAAGAAGAAAUGCAAAUGCAAAUCGACUCGAACAAAUGUUGGCUGAAAAUAGUGGAAAUUAUGAAGAAAUUAAGGAGAGAAAUAAUGGAAAAUUGAAAAGACGAAGUGCUUCUGAAAAAGGUGAGGAAUGGGAAAAGAAUUCAAUAGAGUUCGGGAUUUUCAAUACUUUUUUAUUUGAAAAUUUCAACCAGUUUCUUUUAUUUUUUCUGAUAAUUUAUUUUAAUUUUGAAGAAAUUCUCGCCAAAAUUUCACCGGACCCGGAAAAACUACAUAUAAGCAUUGUCUAGAAAUCUAAAAAUACAUUAAAAUUCACAAUUUGAGGUCUCGAAACGAUAUUUGUUCGAGAAGCCGCAUACCGUAUACAGCUGGAAUUGAAUUUGAAUUUUCAACUUUUCUCUGUUUUUCCCUCAAAAUCCCAAAUUUCCAUGAAAUUUUGAAUUUCUUCAAAUGAAUGAAAAAUUAUCUGUUAUGAAACCUAUCACUUUUUUACACAUGUCAGCAAAUAAAAAAAAACGAAAAAGAAAAUGUUGCUUUUUUUCACCGACCACAAGAUAAUCUUUUUUCUCUGCUCGUCUCUGCUCUCUAAAUCUCUCAAUCAUUUUUUGUCUCAUACAUAUUUUCUCAAGUUUUGUUCGCAUAAAAGAAGAUGAUGAUAAAUCGGAAAAAUCAUUAUGAUUAAUAUUAUUCACGGUCAUUCAAACAUACUUCUCUUUUUCCUUCUUUCGUUUCUUUAUUUCUCUCUUUCUCCUAAAUAAAUAAUUGGCGAGUUGGUUCUUUUUUCUCUGGCUCCUUUUUAUUUUUGCGUAGUAUUCUAUUAUUAUUAUUAUUGAACACAACAGGAUAGACACAAAAUGUUGCGGUUUCUCAUUUUGUCGAAACAAUUUUUGUACUUCAAACACACUUUUUUUUGUUAUCUCUGCUUCUGUCUUUUUAUCAGUAUUAUUUCAAAUUUCAAAACUUCUUAUUUCUUCCAAGUUUCAAUUUUUAAAUAAUUUCAGAUCUACGUUCGCCUUCUCGCCGCCAACAAAAUGAACGCAAACGUUUUUAUGUAGAAGAUACACCGGAUGACAAAUAUUUGAAACAAGAAAUUGAUUCAGAUCAAGAAGAUAUUGUUCAACAAACACCAAUGGCUAAAUUAAGAAAUGCUGCCAAUAAAAGUGGACGAAGAUGUUCGAAAAGAUUAUCAGAUUUGGUGAAAUUAUCAGAAGAAAGAUCAGAAAUUCCGAAAAAAGCCAAAGAAAAUUUGGAUAAAAUGUUGGAAAAAGCGAAACAAGCAACACCAAUUCGAUCAUCGAAAAGAACUACAAGAGGAAUUUUAUUCUCAAAUCAUUCGCCAUCUCCACUUUCUGUUACUAGAUGUAAGUUUUCGGGUUUUAUCGAAAAAAGAUUAUCCCAAAUUGGUUUUUGAGACAGAUUUUCUGAGAAUUUUUUUUCUUCAGUCAUGUGUUUUGAGAAUGAAAAUUGGAAUGAUAAAAAUUAGCCUUGAAAAAAAAAUUGAAAAUUUUUGGAGCUAAUUUAUAAAAGCUUAAAUUGGACCGUCUUUGAGAAUUCAUCGAAAAAACAAGAUAACUUUUUUGAUAUAAUCAAAUUUUCCUAUUUUUCAGCAUCUCGAACUUCACUUCAAACAAGACUUCAGUCAUGUUCUUCGAAACCUUCGACUUCUGAAAGAAAAUGUCGAGAUUCUCCAAGAAAAUUAUCCGAUUCGAGUAUUAUUGAAAAUCGAACACCAGUCAGAAAAGAAACAUUUCGAUUGAAAGUUAGUUUUUUUUCCAAUAAUUUUCAUUUCAAUUUUAACUUUUCAUUUUAAGAUAAAACGUGAAAUAGUUGAUGAAGAAUAUGAGAAACCAGCGAAAAAAGAGGAGAGUUCAUUAAAUGGUGAAUAUUGGUCUGAUCGGAAGAUUCGUAGUCAACUUGGUCUCACGCGUGAUGACCUCAAUAGGUACGCGUAAAAAACUAUUUGUGUACGUUUUAUGUGUUUUCUUUCUCAAUUUAUCUAAAAAAUCUCUCAUCCGCGAAGUUUCAGAUUUUUAAUCGAUGAAUUUGAAAUUUCAUUUCAUUUUCAUCGCUUUAGUUUUGAAAAAAACACAUUUCAUAGUUCAGAUGACCGUUUUUGAAAAUUUUAAAAUGUUGUUUUCUUCCUGAUAUUUUUUCACAAUAAUUCCAUCUUCUACAAAUUAUCCCUUUCCCCCUGUUGUGUUUCUGUGAUUGUGGCUGAUUUGUUCUGCUUAUCAAAAUUUCACACUCUUCAUCAUGUUCACCUUUUUUACAGAUAUACUGAAAGAAUGUUAGCAGCUGGAACGAAAAAAAUUGAAAAUGGAAAAGUAAAAAUGGAAUCGGGUGAUGAAACAAAUGAACAGCGACAAUUUCAAAUAAAUCGAGCUGGUCGAGUAAAAGAUGGUUCUGUUUUUGGUGUUCGGCGAGGUCGAAGAGCCACUUCACGUCGUUCUUUUAUGUGUCAUGUUUUGUUGAAUGAAUCGAAUCCUGGAAUGAAUUUUGAUUGGUCUAAAGUUAGCUUCGAAACACUUGAUGAUGUGAGUUUAUUUUGGGAUUUUAAUUGAGAAAAAAAUGACGAUGAACACAAAAUUUGGUUCAAUUUCGAAAUUAGCUAGGCCGACCCCAAAAAUAAUACAAUUGUUACCAAUAUUUUCUAAAAAAAAAAGUUAGCCUAGUUUUAAUUCUGUACAGGUUUCAAUCCCGAAUGUAUCAAUAGUUUUAUCAAUUUCCUAACAGCGGACCCUACAAAAAUUGAUAAAAUUUGGACAAUGAAUCCGAGUUUCUUCACCUGAAGUUGUUUUUGUGAAAAAUGACAUUUAAAUGAUCAAAAUUCUUUUGUUUUUUUUUAAUUGAAAAUUGAAAAGAAACAAUUCUAAAAAAAUGAAGAAACGAUUAUUUUUGUGAAUUACUUUUGAGAGCUCAGAAAAUAAUCACACAACUCUGAAUAGUCAUAAAUUCAAAUCUUCAGAAACCGCACACUCGAGGAAAUCAAUCAUUUUUGGCGAAACCAGAAAAAGUGUUAGAAUCACUAAAAAGAAAAUAUAUUGAAACAAAAUCCAAUCCAUCUCCUUCCACUUCUUCUUUUUCUUCAUCUGCGAAAAGAACAAAAGUUGGAGACGAUUCACCGUGCAAAAAGGUGAGAAUAUUUUCAACAAAAAUAGUUUUGAUACUUUUAUCAAUCAACAAUUGAUAUAUUUUCAGCCUUCAAUAUCAAAUCCUCGAAAAUGUGCUCGAAAUUCGCCUUCUUCUUCUACCUCAAGAUCUGUCAGAAGUUCACCAAUAAAAAGAGAAUAUAAGCCAGUUUAUGAAGAAAUUGAAUAUGAUGAAUUUGGUUUUGAACGUGAAGCUGAUUAUUAA